AGUUAUCAUUACAACUUUAUGAUUUAAGUGUAAAGUAUGUUCCGGGUUCUAUGAUGUAUAUUUCUGAUACUCUUUCUAGAGCAGCACUCCCAGAAAGCAAUAAACAUAAAAUUGAUAGCGACAUUACAAUCCAUGCCAAUAUGUUUAAAAAUUCACUAGCUGUAUCAGAUGAUAAAUUACAGAUUAUAAAACAAGAAACUUUAAAAGAUGUAGAAUUGCAAAAACUAAAAGAAUAUUUUUUUAAUGGAUGGCCGAAACACAAGAAUAAUACAGAUGUAAAUGUAAGAUGUUACUGGAGUUAUAGGGCAGAAAUACAUAUAAUUGAUGACAUAGUUUUUAAGAACACAAGUAUCAUUAUUCCUGCCUCAAUGCGUAAAGAUAUGUUACAAAAAAUUCAUGCCAGUCAUGCGGGUAUAAACAGAUGCAAAAACUUAGCUAGAGGUGUACUGUUCUGGCCAUCCAUGAGUUCUGAUAUUGAACAAUUUGUAGAAAAUUGCAUUGUUUGUUUAAAAUACAGAACUGCUAACACAAGUGAACCACUUAUUGUAUCGGACAGUCCAUCAUACCCGUGGGAGAAAAUAGGAGCUGAUUUAUUGCAAUUUAGAGACAAAAAGUAUUUAGUUAUCAUAGAUUACUAUUCUAAGUAUAUAGAGCUAGCUUAUUUAAAUACAGGUACAUCAGCAAAACAUGUUAUAUUGCAAUUUAAGUCUGUGCUUGCUCGUCAUGGUAGUCCUUUGGUAUUAAUGACAGACAAUGGCCCACCUUUUGAUUCGAGAGAGUUUGCUAGUUUUUGUCAAGAAUGGGACAUUCAACAUAUUACAUCUAGUCCACAUUUCCCUCAAUCGAAUGGCCAGGCAGAGUCUGCCGUAAAAAUAGUUAAAAGAAUUCUAGAAAAAUCAUUUGAGGAUAACACAGAUCCGUAUUUGGCUUUGUUACAUUAUAGAUGCAAUGAAAAAGAGUAUAUGAAGUCUCCAGCUGAACUACUUAUGUCGAGAAAAUUGAGAUCAAAUCUGCCUAUGUCUAAAGAAUUGCUUAAACCAAAAGUAGUUCAGUACGAUACUGAACAGAGAAAAAUGAAUAAAUAUAAAAAACAAUUACAAAAGGUACCAUGACAAGCAUGCAAGAGACCUACCAGAGUUGAAUGAGAAUGAUUUCAUUAUGUAUAAAAAGAACCCUAAUAGUCACUGGGAACAAGGGGUCGUAAAAGAAGUCCUAAAAAAUAUCCCAGAUCGUAUAUAGUCGAGUCAAAAGAUGGGGUGAGAUAUAGAAGGAAUCGUAAACAUUUAGUAAAAAUUAAAAAUAAUUAUGCAAAUGUUGGCCAGACCUGUAGUCAACCAACUACCCAAACUAAUGAUGUUCACCCAGUAACAGCAACUGUUUCAGUUCCACAUGUGUUUGCAAAGUUGUUUAUUCCUAUGCCGAGUGAUAAAUAUGUAGAAUCUCAUAAAGAUAUAAUUGAAAUUGAUCAAAUUAGUAAUGCUGAUACUACAUUACUAAGUCAAAGACCAACAUGUGUAGAAUCACCCAGAUGUGUAAAUGAGAAUGUCUUGUUAUCCGAUGUUGACUCACACCGCACAUUAUCUCCGCGCUCAGAUGGCAGUUGUGUAAUAAAACCUCUGGUUGAGGAUAGUGUUGAAGUGGCUAGUAGUUGUAGUAGUAACUAUUUGGUAAUUUGUGAAAAUUCUUCAAAUGUUGAUUAUUUUGAAGACAUCAGUGAUGAUGGAACUGAUGAUCAGAAACAGUUACCUGGUUCUGGUUAUACAACUAGGUCAGGGCGUAUAAUUAAAAGGCCAAAAAUAUUUGAAUUUCACUAAUGUUUGUAUUGUAAUUAAUUAUACUUAAAAAGGAGGAUGUUGUAUGUCAUGUGAAGCUGGUUUGUGUAUGGACCAUUUUGUGAGGGCAGAAUAAAAAAGAUG